CCGCCCCCCGCGGCCGUGGCGAGGCUGGCGCUGGGAAGAGGAAGAAGAACAUUCGCCCUCCUCCUACCAGCGCGCGGGCGGCGGCGGCGGCGGCACCGGGGUCACGAACUCUGACCUUUCACUGACAAAAACAAUAACAAACCCCCCCUUCCCCGCGACCCCAGCGGUGCCCCCGGGCCCGCCCCCGCUCCCACCUCGGCGUCUCGUCUCUCGCCUGCUGCCUCGCGAGCCUGCGGCCCCGGGGCUCCCGCCAUCCGCUAACGCCGGGAGCCCGGCCUCCCCGCGCCCUGCCCUCCGCGCCGGGGGCCGCCCGCCGCAGACACGGGACCUGCUUUGAGGCCGCUUUGGCGCCAAAUCCCGAGGUACCACGUACACAGACCUCUCGGCCGGAAUCUCCAGGGAUGACCAGCCCCUCCCCACGCAUCCAGAUAAUCUCCACCGACUCUGCGGUAGCCUCACCUCAGCGUAUUCAGAUUGUGACAGACCAGCAGACAGGACAGAAGAUCCAGAUAGUCACCGCAGUGGAUGCCUCAGGCUCCCCCAAGCAGCAGUUCAUCCUGACCAGCCCAGAUGGAGCUGGAACUGGGAAGGUGAUCCUGGCUUCCCCAGAGACAUCCAGUGCCAAGCAGCUCAUAUUCACCACCUCGGACAACCUGGUCCCUGGCAGGAUCCAGAUCGUCACGGACUCUGCUUCUGUGGAGCGCUUGCUGGGGAAGGCCGACGUCCAACGGCCCCAGGUGGUAGAGUACUGUGUAGUCUGUGGCGACAAAGCCUCCGGCCGUCACUAUGGGGCCGUCAGUUGUGAAGGUUGCAAAGGUUUCUUCAAAAGGAGCGUAAGGAAAAAUUUGACCUACAGUUGCCGGAGCAACCAAGACUGCAUCAUCAAUAAGCACCACCGGAACCGCUGUCAGUUUUGCCGGCUGAAAAAAUGCUUAGAGAUGGGCAUGAAAAUGGAAUCUGUGCAGAGUGAACGGAAGCCCUUUGAUGUGCAACGGGAGAAACCAAGCAAUUGUGCUGCGUCAACUGAGAAAAUCUAUAUCCGGAAGGACCUGAGAAGUCCUCUGAUAGCCACUCCCACAUUUGUGGCAGAUAAAGAUGGAACAAGACAAACAGGUCUCCUUGAUCCAGGGAUGCUUGUGAAUAUCCAGCAGCCUUUGAUACGGGAGGAUGGUACGGUUCUUCUGGCCACGGAUUCCAAGGCUGAAACAAGCCAGGGAGCUCUGGGCACAUUGGCAAAUGUAGUAACCUCGCUUGCCAACCUCAGUGAAUCUCUUAACAAUGGUGACACUUCGGAAAUGCAGCCGGAGGACCAGUCUGCAAGUGAGAUUACUCGGGCAUUUGAUACCUUAGCUAAAGCACUUAAUACCACAGACAGCUCCUCACCUCCCAGCCUGGCAGACGGGAUAGACCCCAGUGGCGGAGGAAGCAUCCAUGUCAUCAGCAGAGACCAGUCCACACCCAUCAUCGAGGUUGAAGGCCCCCUCCUUUCAGACACUCACGUCACAUUUAAGCUGACGAUGCCCAGCCCAAUGCCAGAGUACCUCAACGUGCACUACAUCUGUGAGUCGGCAUCCCGCCUGCUUUUCCUCUCCAUGCACUGGGCCAGGUCAAUCCCAGCCUUUCAGGCACUUGGGCAGGACUGCAAUACCAGCCUGGUGCGGGCCUGCUGGAACGAGCUCUUCACCCUCGGCCUGGCCCAGUGUGCCCAGGUCAUGAGUCUCUCCACUAUCCUGGCAGCCAUUGUCAACCACCUGCAGAACAGCAUCCAGGAAGAUAAGCUUUCUGGUGACCGGAUAAAGCAAGUCAUGGAACACAUCUGGAAACUUCAGGAGUUCUGUAACAGUAUGGCGAAGCUGGAUAUAGACGGCUAUGAGUAUGCAUACCUUAAAGCUAUAGUUCUCUUCAGCCCCGAUCAUCCAGGUUUGACCAGCACAAGCCAGAUUGAAAAGUUCCAAGAAAAGGCACAGAUGGAGUUGCAGGACUAUGUUCAGAAAACCUACUCUGAAGACACCUACCGAUUGGCCCGGAUUCUUGUCCGCCUGCCCGCACUCAGGCUGAUGAGCUCCAACAUAACAGAAGAACUUUUUUUUACUGGUCUCAUUGGCAAUGUUUCAAUAGACAGCAUAAUCCCCUACAUCCUCAAGAUGGAGACAGCAGAAUACAAUGGGCAGAUCACCGGUGCCAGUCUAUAGUGCACUCACACACCUGCUGAGGAGCAAAAGGAUCCUCCCAGGACCGCUCAGAGACAAAGAAAAUGGAGUAGUGGUAUUUUGGUAUGUGCAAAUAUUUCCAGUAUGUUAGCUAUUUCCUACCUGGUUUCUCCGUAUCUGUUAAUACCAGACAAUAGCAACUAAAAGACUAGUCGGAUCCUUUUCUGCCAUAAGAAAUGUUUUAAUGCCUUUUGAUGAAGCAGCAGAUUUUGGAACAAUCUUUUAACUCAAUUUAUAUUUAGAAAUUCUCAAAGGGCAAAAAACAAAGUUUUAUAAUGUCAGAGACUAGUAUUAAAGAAAACUAAAAGAACCUAAGAGAACAGUAUGUGUAUAUAUAUAUUAAAAAUGUCCUUGGAAUUAAUAGCUACUAAUUACCAGGGUAAUAAUAUUAGCACUUUUUAAGCACUUCUUAUCGAUGCAUAAUGUUAGCAACAUCUUGCCUCUGGGCAGGGCAAAUGGAAAACUGUCUUUUGCCGAAAUGCUAAUGAUUUCUGUGGAAAUGCUAAUGAUUUCUGUGAAAAUGCAAUAGGGUACAGGAGACAAUCAUUUGUUUAAGAAGGCAUCAUUCCUAAUUGUGUGCACACUUUGUUGGUGGUGGUGAACGAAAUUCCUGUGAGCAAAUGAAAACGUGGCUUAUCUGUAUCGUGCAGCGAACGGGAACAUACCGGCACAGUCAGUGGUGAUCCAAACCAGAAGCUUCCUCAGUCAGAGCUGAUGCUCAUCAGGUCCCUGAUAUCUGGUCCUGAUCGGUGACAGGCAUCUGCAGGCUCCUCCAAACCUGGGGUGUCUUCUGAUGACUGGUUCCCAGAGUUGGAUGCAGCCAGUCAGACAUUAACUGCCAAUUCCUGCAGCAAUUGACAACACCCCCAAAUCACCUCCGCCACUAUGGCAGAUGGAGCCUCCUGACCAAAAGGUGCAAGGUGGGCAUUUUGAACUCUUGACAGUACUUCCUGAAUACAAUUGGGGCGGCUGCACAGUGUUCACAUGGAGGGGCGUGGCCGCCUCAGAAUGUGAGGGUUCCCUUCUCCGGGUUCCAUUCCAGAUGCCCCUUGAGAAGGGGCUGUUCCUGCGAUUCAGUACAACUGUGGGGGUGGAUGCAGGAUCUUUGCUGCCUGGCCAGGGCGGUGGUGGUGAAGCUGAGUGGAAGGGGUCUCUGUUGACCUUAAAUAUCAGGGUUUUUCCAGAAUGUUGCCAGACUCAGCAUCUCCAUUGGCACGUCUUUAAUGGUACUGGCACACCAUGCACUUUGACUCCCCCAGGUGUGUGCCAGCAAACUAACCCUGGAAUAUUUUAGAUGGAUGCAGAAUCAGGCUGCCUGCUCCUUGAAAAACAACCCUUAAUUCCCAAAGUUGUCUUCUGUCUCAUAAGUUGUAGCGGCCAUCAUUUACAAGAACAGAAUGUGGUUGUACGGAAGUUGUAUUGUAGAAAAAAGCAGCCAUAAAUUCCCAUGGAUGUGAAUAGCAGCAAGCAUUUCCUGUUUGGGAAAAGUGGCGUGUCCAAGACGGGGUCAGGUACUUUGUAUUUUCUUUUUGUACACCCAAAAAUAAAAUGUAAGAUUAAAUUUGUAUCUCUUAAACCUUUUGAUCAGAUGAUAUCCAAAAAGAUCCCAGUGUAUUAUUCCCUGUCUGGCUCAGUCCCUCGGUCCAGAGCUGUGUGUGGGUGCUGGGCGACCGGCUUACAGCAAAAUGGGAUGAGAUGCUUUAUUAUGAAGUGUUAAAGCACUUUAUGAAAGUUAUUAGUGGGAAUUAAGUAGGGACGGGCUCUCCAACUUAUAAAUUCCAGUUUGGAUUUAAUUAUUAUAUCAUUUCUAGUUCAUGCUUUGGAAGCAAAUUUUGGAGAAUAUUGAGGGUGCUCAUUAUAAAAUGAUGAAAAGGAUUUAAUCUUGCCAGCCUAAAUUUUUGGUUUUCAACCUUGAAGUGAUUUAAAUCUCAAAAUAAGACAAAAAAUUGGUCAAGACAAUGGAGUUAGAGUGGGUCUGUAUCAUUUCUGCUUGUGAAGGAUUUUAGCAGAGGGCAUUCUGAAGCAUAUUCAUGCAUCUGACACAGCGAAUUGCUUAUUUUUCUCUUCAUUGAUUUCUGAAUGUAAACUUGUCUGUUGAUCAUGGAGUGGCUCCCUCGAAAUACAUGUGUCACGUCUUUCAGAUCUGAGUUCUUGGUGCUGGUAAAAAGGUCUGUGCCAGCCAGUGCCCUCAAUCCCAAGGGCAGGCCCUGGGAGUCCUGUGUCUCAGGCUUUUAGACUUGGGUUGCCUUAAGAUAUUCAGGCAGCUAAGCCAAGACCUAGACUUCUGUCCUGACGAAGCUAUUGCUUAGAUAUGUUGGGAAGAGAAGGCGGGAGGACAGUGAACAACUGGAUAGGGAAGUGCCACACUCCAGCAAGACAGCCCUGAAGAAAAGUCUGUUUAGUUAGAAGUUGCUGGUUCUUACCUGGUCCUGCUUCUUGAGGCCCUUGGAUAGUGGUGGCUGACUCCAGUGGACCAUGUUGGGCUUUGAACAUUCAUUAGUUUCCCAGAUCCUCUUGGCCUUACUCUGAAGUGGCCUGUUCCUUAAGGAUCAUGUCCACACUACCUGAAUUUUCACUGCCUCAAAUCAUUUCAAGCAUUGGACAGCAGUUCUAGUCCAUCUCUUGUUAAAUUGGUUAAAAGUAAGCUCAAAGUCAAGAAUUCUUUAAAGGGAUCCCAGGCAGAUAUUAGGGCUUAACUUCCAUGAGGCUUUUAGCCCUUGUCAGUAGUUUGUGUAACUCUAGAUUAAAGUGAAGUGGUGCCCUCUGCCCGCGAAAUCUCUGAGUGAAAUAAGCCAGGAGCAGGAUUCUUUACCGUGUAGCCUAUCCAGCCGUCCCCUUCCGCUGGCCUACCCUUUCCUUUCUCCGUGAGCGGUGCACUGGCUGAGGGAGGUGGGGACAGACAUUCACCAUCGCUUCCUGAUGACGUGGGCUCUUUUACAGUGCUACCUUAGGUAACAUUGGACAGUUAUGUAUUGUUGAAAUUUGUGGAGUUCAUUACAUAUAAUCAUAAAAAAGGACAGGAAGAGACUUAGAAAAAGACCAAAUUACUCAAGCACAUACUACUUUUCAAGUUAUUCCUGGAAAGUAUUUUUAAGGCAAGUACAUUAACCACCCUGCUGAGAUUUGUAAUUGUGUUUAUUGGGGGGGUUACAUUAUUUAUUGUCUAACCUCUGCCACAAGGUUGUGGUUAGGGUUCUUUUAUGUGGGAUUUUAUAUUUAAUUUCAGGUAUAGUCACUUGUUUUAAGAUGUUAUGUAAUAGCCCUCAAGAGGGAUUGUUUUCUAGCUUGUCAGUGUCAGUAUUAAAUGUGGACUCUGUUCUGAGGCAGUUGCCACCCGUCAUGGUGAUAGCAAUAGACACGUCUACUCUGGGCUCCCUAAUCUGGAGGCAGCAUACUCACUAGAGUUUACUUAGCCGUUUUGCUUGUCUCCGGACGGCCACUGCAGGGAGCCGAGAAUUAGAGCACUCUAGCUGUAUCAAGUGCUUUGGUUCUGGGAAAACCACAUCCUAAUCCUGUGGGGGAGUUUCAGCAGAGCAGUCUCACUCCCUGUCUGCCUGACAGGCAGCCCUUGGCUGUGGAUCCAAAUUCUAGUACCUGGUUAGAUUAGGGUCCAGUAGUGUGUGGCCUCCUUUCCAGUGGAAAUGGCCUUAUGGGCAGGAGGGCUACAGGUGACAUUUCAACUCUUCCCUGAGCCCAAGUCAUGAAAAGUGUCAUCUUCUGACAUUCUCCUUUAUCUUGGGAGGUCGCUGCCCUUUUUGAUUCUGGAAAGCUCUGAGCAGGCAGGGCAGAGGCCCUCAUACUUCUGUCCCUCUUCCAUUUCCUAGAUUGUGUGGCUCUGAAAAUGUCUUAACUUUGAUGUGAAUUUGUAAUCAACGCAAAGUGGGUUUGGGUCUCUCGUACACAGGGCUCUGGACCUCCCCGUGUGCCUCCCACCAGCAGGCACACCUGCGUGUCCAGCCCUGAGCUCCCUUCAGCGCAUUGUGCAUGUACAGAUUUAUAGGCUUGGAUGACUGAAUGAAUGUACAUGUGUUUAUACCUUCUCUAUAUGUACAGUGUAUAUAGUGUGUAUGUGUACAUAGAUGUAUAUUAUGUAUACAGACAUGUAGCCACGUAUCCAAAACUCCUUAUGUUUUAGAGAAUCUAUGAUAGAAUUGCUAAAGUAAACUUAUGUGGGUGUUCUAAGGUCCCUCAGCAGGAUCGAUUUGCUGAGAUUUUCUUAACUCCAUUUUCCUUUGGGUGAGCCUGGUUGCGAAAGGCCAUGAAGUCAGACUCUCCACUCUACCAGGGAAUGUUCCAGACAGAAAAGGUCCUGAUAGGAUGAUGUUGCUAUGUGUUCUCUAGGUUCAGACAAGGGCUAUGAAGCUGGAAGACAAUAUACCUUCAUUUCCAAAAACUUGGUGGGGAUCUCUAACCUGUUUGUCACACACCUAUUUAUGGCCUAACUGGAAGGAACUUGGUAGCUCAAGCAGUAGGCCUUCCCAGAUACUCGCUGGGUCGCGUGGUCAGUUUCAGAAUGGUCUGUGUCCUGGGGGGCCUGGCUCCCAGCGUGGUAGCAGUUUCCCCACUUGCUCUGGACUCAGCAGACGGUGGGCACUCCCCUGCGACUAAACACAUUCCCAUCUCUCUAAUGCCAGUUGAGAGGGGGAAAAAAACCCUACCUAGUGUUUUUUAAAAAAAAUAAGCAUGAAUGUUGAUGGCUAAUUUAUGGCAUAUAAAUUACAAAUCUUAAAUUAUUUCUCUAACUAUAGCAUGUGAUUGAAAUCCACUGACUUCUUUCUGUAAUUUAUGAUUUUUAAAUUUCAGAUGAAAACUGCAUUUUAAUAUGGAUAUAUAUGCCCUUAAAGCUACAGAUGACAAAUUUUCCUUGUCCAGGUCUAUUCUGAUGAAUUUCCCCCCUUAAUCGGGCUUAAAACUGAGACUCGGCACUUGGGAGCCAGGGCCCCAGCCCAGCAGUAGUUCUCGAGGACCUGGUAAGCACAGGGGGCCUGAUUGGCAGGGGAAGGUUGAAAGCUGCCUGCUGAAAAGAAUCACUGGAUAACUGCAAAACUCAUAAUCCAUAGGUUGCUUUCUUUUUUUUUUAAUAAGCUAUUGAAAUGUUUGAAAACACUUCAUUGAGACCCUAGUACUUAGUGCCUUUUGUGAAACUGGGCCAUUCAGCCUUCAGCGUCCCCAUCUGUGAUGUAAAACGCCUGCUGCUUCACUGGCCUCCCAUCAGUGAUUGUCACCUUUCCCAUUGUGACAAUCACACUAUUGAAGGUGUCUUUCCAGUUAAAAUUAUGUGGAAGCUUGACAGUCUCUAAAUGAAUCUUUAAAAAUUUUCCUUUGGGGCUAUUUUAACAGCAAUCUAAAAAUAAUUAAAAUUGUGAGCUUACAAAAAAGUAUCUUGGGGUGAGGAAUGUCAGUUAUUUUUAAUGCCCAACUAUACUUUCAAUUAAGCCAAUAAUUUUGGUGUCUCAGUAUUUAUACAUACAACAUAGAAAAAAUGCUAUGAAAAUGCUGAAAGAAAAUGCUCAGCAGUAUUUAUCAAUUGACAGACAGACAAAGCUUAAUAUUUGGAUAACAUUUGGAAGUAGUAUGCUGCACAUGAAAAAUGGCAUUUCUUUAGCAAAGUAUAAUCAAUUGUCAUUUUAACAACCAGAGCAUUCAUGGACUCAGAUGCUGCUGCCACAUACAACUCAAGUGCUGGAAUAUUUUUCUACAGUCCCCGUUCUCCCAAUUAUCUUGUAAACCACUGUUCAACUAGUUUUAUAACUGAAAAGCUGCACAUUUUUCAUAGUACAAACCAUAGUUUUUACUUGUAGUUUGGAGCUCUCUGUUAAAAUGUAGCUGCAUUACCAGCCCUUUUAAAAGAUGUCUGUUAAAGGAAAAAUUGGAGUGUUAGAUUUUCUUGGGACCGUUUCUGUAACCUCUGCCCUUCCCAGUAUAGAAACUAUUGUUUAUGCCGUUACAUUUUAAUUCCAGGUUUAAAACCUGUUGAAAACUGUAGCUUGAAAUCAGCUUUAUCUAUGUGAUGGCAUUUAAAAAUGGCAUGUUCUUUUUAAACUGAUUUUUAUAUCUAAUCAAUGUCUUCAGUCUUGAAGAAGAAUUUGCAUUGUUGUGUUUGUAUAUAGAGUAUUGCAGUGCAUGAAUUAGCUUUAUGCAUUUUAUUAAAUGCUGUUCAAUGUGGCAUUAUUGUUGUGGCUUAAUACUACUACCUAAAUGAGGUUUAUACUAUUAAAAGUGAAUUAAAGACUAAA